GUGAUAUCUGUUCUAGCCUUAGGUCCAUGGGUUGAAUGAAUAUUUUGACUUGUAAGCGAGCUGAACUUCAAGCUGUAUCCCAAUUUCCAGUUCUAUCAGGACUAAACACUGAGCGACUGUUGUUAUCACUCCUCAUGAUUUCUGUUCUUUCAAAUAUCAUCAGGACAUGAAGAUACAUUCAGAGUGUUCUCAACACCUCAUUUUUCCCCCUUCAGAAACUUAGGAAAACUUCUCUUCACCAUGCCUGAGCAAGAUACUACGGUACGCCAUUCCGUGCCACUCGCUAAUCGCGUUGGCAAGGACAAUACCAAGCCUCAACCUUCCAAACCCCUACCAGCUCUCAAGUCAAUUGAUCAAGUAGAGUUGAAUACUCUGCAGGGCGUUAAAGUAUUGGAUGGUGCGGGGAUCGUCCAACUAAAAGAUGAUAGUUAUCGCGUCUCUCAGGCCGCUCGGGAUGCCCAUAUCGAGAAGAUUCGAAAUCUCAGCCAAGAAAAUCCAUCCUUAGGCUCCACCAACUUUCCAGGAAUAGAGGCAACGCUGGACAAUCCUGCCACCAUGUACGUGGGCUACUUCCAUCCAAAGGUUGUAGAGGCAAUUAAUGCAUCUCCUGAACUACUCUGCUUUACUCCCAAUAUAGUUGUCGAAAAAUAUGACAUUACUGAAGAGCCCUGCUCUAAUUGGGGGGCGUCCAAGGUCACGUUGUCGGAUGACAGGUUCAACGAGAUCCAGAUUCUGAAUGAAAACAAACCCAACUCAUGGGUCAGAGACACAUCAGUCAUGGGCAAGAAGGGAGAGAACGUGACUAUCUGUAUCGUAGACGGGGAAGGUUAUGUGAAAAACGACAUAGAGGCUGAUCGUCCGUUUACGGUCAAUGCCAGUAAAAAGGUCGGUAAGGCCGAAGACCAUUGCACUAUAGUCACCAACAUUGCCUGUGGGCAAAAUCACGGCAUCGCUCCCAAAGCAAGUGUCAAAAUCCACUACUUCGUGGGCACGAUGCCCACGCAAGGUUUUGUGACAUGCGCACUAUCUGGUCUUCAGUUGGCAAUCCAAAACAACAAAUUGCCCGGUCGUAUCGUUUUGAAUAUGUCUUGGGGGCUUGGAGACCAGGAGCCUGGUACCGUUCGAACCGUCUCAUACAUCCUUCAGCGGUUGAUAAAAGAGUACAACAUCAUUCCGGUGGCUUCAGCUGGAAACAGUGGGACAUGCUUGUAUAGAACGUCAAAGGCCUGGCCGCAAUGUGAACCUGGAGUGAUAGUUGUCGGUAAUACAGACAAGAAGGGUAAGAUCAACCAGCAAUCAUGCUAUGGUCCAUUGGUGGACGUCUACGCACCAGGUACGGAUAUAGCAGUGCCAGGUAGCAACUUGAUUACGUCCGGCACAUCCUUCGCCGCGCCAUUAGUCUCCGGUUUUCUGGCCAAUCUUCUUUCGUCCGAAGGCCAGGAUAGUCACUUCGCGACAAUCACUUCUGAAGAAUUGUGCAAAAUGUUGCUAGAGAGUUUCUCCGUAAAGACAGAUCAAUGGAAAGCCCUGAAUCUGAUAUUUCCGGGUGAUGUGCGAACCAUCACAGCACGCAUGCCAAAGCCAGACUUUGACGCGCUCACCAUUACUAUGAUUAAGAGCAACUAUGGGAUCAAGCCUCCACGAGGUACAAAGACACACAAGACAAGCCUCGAUGAUCUGAAGAAGAUCGCAGUCGCAAUCAAAGAGAACAAGCCGGAUGAGUACGAGUCACUCUUGAAUAAGCGUGCUGGGGCCGAGAGCUGGGAUGACAUCCCUGGACUCGAGAAUUCUUGGGGCGACUUGAAAAAGUUCAAGUGCGAAUAUGACGCUCAAAAUGAGGCAACAGCGAACGAUUUGAUUCACCAAAUAGCACAGCUUUCACUUGACGCGCCCGGGGUCUUUAGCUGGACCGGUAUACUCAAACACUGAUGAUUGUCUACUGGAGGCACUGUCAGGACGGUAUUUUAAAUAUACUUAGAAUCACUCUCAAGCAGCUCUUCAGUUGAAGAGCUCGGCCUAACUACGGAAGGGGAUGCGUAGUUCAGGAUGGAAUAUUGCGUUCAGUUGUUUAGGCUAGGGACAUGUAUCUAGGCCAUCCAUAUAUAUAGCUCGAUACUUUCA